GGAGGGUUCUGCUGCGGGAGGUGCAGGCGCUCACUCUCCACAGAGGGCAGUACACGACAGCCCGGCGGACAGCUGCAGUCCCUCAGUUACAGUGCACGGGAGGCACUGCUGGAUGCUCCCGCGUCCCGGAGGUUGUUCAGUGUUACAACAAAGGUUGGGAUGGCUAUGAUGUGCAGUGGCAGUGCAAAGCAGACUUGGAAAAUUCUCACCGGUUUGGACGGAUGGAAGUGAGCUGUGAAGGCUAUGAUUACCCAGAUGAUCCUUACAUCUUAAAGGGCUCCUGUAGUUUGCUGUUCAGGCUAGAGCUGACUGAGGAAGGUGAAAGGAAAGUGAAGAACCCUGGAAGCUUUAGUUAUUUUCAGUCAAGGAAGGAUUCUUCUGAUUCUGGUGCUGGAAUGAUUCUUGUAGUUGUUCUCCUGGCUCUUGCUUUUGGAAUAUACAAGUUCUUCCUCAGUAACCAGCAGCCUGAGCAGAGUUCUGGUGAUGGUGAUGGAUUCACUAGGUCUUCCUGGCAGAGUCAUCAGGCACCUCCUCCUCCUGGUUUUAAGUCCAGCUUCACAGAUGACAACAGCUUUGGGACUCAUUCCUAUCACGGAACCAGUUCAGGACCAGGAUUUUGGACUGGAUUAGGAGCAGGAGGCUUGCUAGGCUACUUGGCUGGCAGUCACAGAGCACAGCCACAUUCCCCAUACUACAAUAUGUGGACAGAUCCCACAGCUGCACCUCCAAUGAAUGGUCAGCCAAGCAAUGCCACGCAAGGUAGCAGUUCAGGAACAAGAACUGCUUCUGGGUUUGGGGGCACAAAACGAAGAUGA